AUGGCGCUGCGUCCCAUGAUGCGGCUGUCGCCUUUUCCACCCGCAGCCACUAUUUUAUCUUGGGCUUUGGCGUUCAGCCUACUCGGUGGCAUAAUAACAUCUCCAGUUGGCGCACAUAGCAUCAGGUUCCCGCUAGAAUCGAGCAUCGCGACCGUCGAAGACCCUCACCAUCAGUCUGGGUCUGGCCCAAUAGAACCCCGGUUGAUCAAUGUCGAUCCACGCCAUCAAGCGCCAGCAGACACCAUCCAACACUGGCUGGAAGAAAGGGACUCUUCGAACGAUGAUGAGGAUACAGCCACAACUACAUCUAAAAACCAGCAUUCCAAGCCUACCACAGCCUCAGGAACUUCAACGAUACCGUCUAUCUUGAUCCCAACGCAUACCGGUCCGAUAAAAACUGACAUCGUGACCGCAUCUCCCACAGUAUCCCUUGGGCCCUUGCCUACGGCCUUUGAUACCAACCGCAGUGACAACACAACCGCUAGUUGCGCGACCUUCUUCGAUAAUUUCCUAUCAAACUCCACCUUCAACGAGUGUGUCCCCGUAUCCGUCCUCCUGACCACAUCCAACUCCUUUUUUCAAAACACCAAAUCUUUCGCCCUCAUCACUCGCACGCUCGAUGCAGCGUGCGAUGUAUCGGCGGACAGAUGCACAAGUCUACUAUCAUAUUAUGCUGAUAUGAUCGGGAGAAACGAUGCCUGUGGUGAGGACCUGUCUCGGGGACAUCCAUUAGUCAUUGCUGCAAAGACGGGUUUUCAGGCAUACAAGGCGAUGCAUGAUGCAACAUGCCUGAAGAACCCGGAGACGGACAACUAUUGCUUUGCCGAAGCCAUCUCUGACCCAGACAUGACGGCGAACGUGUACAUCUAUCACCUUGGACUAGGCAACUCACUGUCUGCUGGACGGCCAAAGUGUGGGAAGUGCCUAGCUGCUACCAUGCAGGUGUUCAGGACGGCAGCCCGGGACAAGAAGCAGCCUGUUUCGGAGGUUUACGUCUCAGCUGCAAAACAGGUCAAUAUUGCCUGUGGGCCGACCUUUGUGUCAACUUCGAUCUCCUCGGGCACGCGGUUGAGCUCUCGGUCACAGCCGCUUUCUCUUAUAUCCAUAUUCAUUGGCACCCUAGCCUUCUUCUUACUCUCCUGA